UAUAGCAAGCGAAUUUAGAAAGAAGCAUUUCAUCCCUAGCAAUUGCCACCUCACCCCAGCAAUUACUACACUUUUUUUUUUAUGGGAGCAAUUACUACACUUUAACAAUGUAGAAAUGGAGAUGGUCUUACAUUACGGAUCUAAUAAUAAAAAAAUUUGAUCCAGGAAUCUGUAACGGUCAGAAAAUCACUCCCACAUAGCAACGAAAGAACACCAACGUCUCUCCCUAUCUCCCUCUCGCUACUCUUUCAUUCUCCACAGCAAACUAACGGUUACAUUCUUCAGUUCUUGCACAGUUGUCUAAGUUCCAGGGUCCUCCAUGGGGCUGCUCCUUUAAGCUCUCUCUGCCUCAACACAAAGAAAAAGCCCCAGCCCCUUUACUUCUUCCUGUUUGGGCUUCUGGGAUUUUCCACUUCUUUCUUCCCUCUUUCUUUUUUCUGUCAUUGUUUUUGUUUUCGUUUUGGCGAUGGAACCCGCGAAGAUAGACUGGAAGCAAAUCGAGUGGGUUUACGAGGAAGACAAGCUGUACGAGACCAUCAACGCCCCCAAAUGGGUUGAUUUCUUGGCCACUCCUCGUGACGAGGCCGAUUGCGUCGAUGAUGUCGCCUGGUUCUGCAGACCCGAUUGUAACCAUCCCAAGUCAGCUGAAGAUUUCUUGAAAUUCACUCCUACUUCGUCCAAGCAUUCAAGGUCUGGCGUCAAAACCCACAGCCCAUUUAGUGACUUGAACCAGAAAAGGAAUGGUAAACCGAAGAGGAGAGGGCCAAAUCAGUCUUCCAUUGCAUCCUAUGACGAGGUGAUGGGUGUGAGCCAAGAUAGUGAGAACCAGAACCCUAAUCACAAUCAUAAUCAUAAUUUCUCAACCCCUCCGAAUUUCCAAAUCAAGUCCAUGAAAGCACUGUUCAAAUCAAGCUCUGAAAGGAGGAAGCCCGCCACUGACGAUGAUGCUGCAUCAGAAGCCAAUUUACAGCAGCAGCAGCAGCUGCCUAAACUGAAACCCACACUAUCAGCAAAGAAUUUGUUUGCUGGCAAGGAUAUCCUUGGCCAUAUUUCUGAAUUCUACAAUGAGUUGAAGAAGAUGGCAAUUAGAAGCAGGGACAAAGAGGAGGAGGAUGCGACCUUGGAAACUAACGAAAGCCAGGUGGCGCAAGACGAAACUGCGGCUGUGAAGGAGGAGGAUCACAGAGAGGUUUUGGGGGUUUUAGAUUUGAAGGAGAAGACCACCCCGCCGCCUGGCGGUGGAAAGGACAAGUUGGGAGGGAGGAGUGAAAAGGGAAGCAGCGGCAAGAAGUUGAGGAGGAAAAUAAGAGUUGAUGAUGAUGCAGAGAACAUCGUCCCAGCGUCGCUGAACUUGGAAACGGUGAAGAAACCGCUGCAGCAAAAAGGAGAGGAGCAGCAUCGGCUGCUCCAAAUCCGGACGAAUCCCCCUUCUCCGCAAUGCUUCUCUGCUGGCCAUGCAGCAGUCAAAACCACACCAUCAGGAGCUUCAAAGUCCAGAUUCAUGGAGAAGUCGAUUCUUCAGGAAGUGAAGCAGCAGCAGGAGACUGUGAAACAGGAAAACCGAGAAAAGGGUGGAAGAAGUUUCGCCAUUGUGGAUGGUAAAGAAUCAAAAACGGCUUUAGAUAUGUUCUGGUUUCUGAAGCCUUGCACACUCACCAGCUGAUGCGACAAAGACAGAUAAUAAUCAUGUUUUGCGUCCAUCAAUCCUUCCCUUCAUUGGGCCAUUUUUUUACCUUGCACAUAGAUAAUCCCUGUAAUUGCCUGCCUCACAACCAAUGCCAUUUGAUUCAUUCAUUUGUUGCAUCUCUGUUAGAGAAAACACGAGCAAAUAAUACUUGUCGUAGUGGUGUAAUUAGUUUUGAAGAGCACAUUCAUUCAGACUCGAACGCAGUUUCAGCAACAACCCAGGUAUUGUUGCUGGCUUUGCUGGUUCUCCAUUCACCACAAAUAAUACUUGUCGUAGUGG